GUGGAGGUGGAAAAGAAAAUUAGAAAUUUGCAAAGUCAAUUUGCAAGGGAGAAAAAGAAAGAGAGCGAGUCGAGGAAGACCGGGACUUCAUCAUCACUCAUUUUAUAUAAAACUCGAUUUAUAUUUAAAAUAAAACACUUGAUUAAAUAUAAAACACUCGAUUUUUAUGAAAAUAAUUUAUGAUGGUUGUCGGUCGACUCGUCCACAUGUACUGAGGCAAUUUUGUCGAGUUGACACAGUCGAAGGUGUCGAGCGACUUUAUCGAUCGACCGGGUCGACAGAGUCGAUCGACAUAGUGUGGACACGGCUUAACGGCUAACCUCAAAAACUCAAAAUUGCAAACUGCACUGCAAUAAUUUCAAAAGGCAAUCUAAGCAAAAUAAACCGUAAAGUGCAUCCGUAGAUAACGUCUCCGUUUAAUCAGUUCUGUUCUCCAUGCGGGUUUGAACCUUUAAAAAAGAAAAACUUCCUUUUUGUGUUGAGCUACUUUUUAGUUGUGCUGGCGACUCUUAUUCUCUCCUUGCCCUUUCGACUCUCUUUCUUGUCCUUGACCACAUCGAAGAUCGUAUACACGUCAUCAGUUCAGUAGGAUCCUGAUUUAGAUUGUUCUGUUCAGUGAACUUACUGUGAACAACCAACAGCAGGUCAGCAGCAUACUGAAGCCAAUUGUCCUUGCUAACAAAGGAGAAUUUAAGCUACAUUUUGAUUUUUGUUUCCAGUAUUUUUUGUUAUAACAACAUUUUCAACACGUUAAAAUCAUGGAAUCUAUUGUAUCAUCCACCCCUGUACAAGUGGAGGAAUCAAUCUCAAAGGAAGGAAUCAACUUGACGGAAAAUGAAUGCAAAGACAAGGAACGACCAUCUAACAAAGAGAUAACUCUACCCACUGCCUAUGUCAAACUGUAUCGAAUUGGAGAGCUGGAUAGAAUUGCCAGAAUCAUUCACCAAAAGCAGCGCUCUGAUGACGAUUAUGAUGAUGUUGAUAAUGAUCAUGAGCCAUCAUCAGCUGAUAGUGGUAGUGAUUCGUCUGCAGAAGAGGAGGAAGAAGGCUACAAUGAAGAAAUGGUACGAGAGGGGAGGGUUUCAUGCAAAACUACUUCUAAAAAGCUACAUCAAUGUAAAUUAUGUGCAAAAAGCUUCACUCAGACUAGAUAUUUGACUGUUCACAUGCUUACUCACUCCAAAGAGAAGUCCUUCCAGUGUACAGUAUGCACCAAAAGGUUCUCUCAAUCAAAUAAUUUGACUGUUCACAUGCGCACUCACACCAAAGAGAAGCCUUUUCAGUGUACAGUUUGCACCAAAAGGUUCUCUCAAUCAAAUAAUUUGACUGUUCACAUGCGCACUCACACCAAAGAGAAGCCUUUUCAGUGUACAGUCUGCACCAAGAGUUUCUCUCAUACUGGUAAUUUAACUGCUCAUAUGCAUACACACACCAAAGACAAGCCAUUCCAGUGUACAGUUUCCACCAAAAGCUUCCCUGAGUCUGGUACCUUGACUAGGCAUAUGCAUACCCACACUAAAGAAAAGCCUUUCCCGUGUACAGUCUGCACCGAAAGUUUCUCUGAGUCAGGUACUUUGACCAGGCAUAUGCUUACUCACACCAAUGAGAAGCCAUUCCAGUGUACAUUCUGCACCAAAAGGUUCUCUUAUUCUUAUAGUUUGACAGUUCACAUGCGUACUCACACCAAAGAGAAACCAUUCCAGUGUACACUCUGCACCAAAAGGUUCUCUUAUUCUUAUAGUUUGACAGUUCACAUGCGUACUCACACAAAAGAGAAACCAUUCCAGUGUACAUUCUGCACCAAAAUGUUCUCUUAUUCUUACAGUUUGACAGUUCACAUGCGUACUCAAACCAAAGAGAAACCAUUCCAGUGUACAAUCUGCACCAAAAGGUUCUCUUAUUCUUAUAGUUUGACAGUUCACAUGCGUACUCACGCCAAAUAGAAACCAUUCCAGUGUACAUUCAGCACCAAAAGGUUCUCUUAUUCUUAUAGUUUGACAGUUCACAUGCGUACUCACACCAAAGAGAAACCAUUCCAGUGUACAAUCUGCACCAAAAGGUUCUCUUAUUCUUAUAGUUUGACAGUUCACAUGCGUACUCACGCCAAAUAGAAACCAUUCCAGUGUACAUUCAGCACCAAAAGGUUCUCUUAUUCUUAUAGUUUGACAGUUCACAUGCGUACUCACACCAAAGAGAAACCAUUCCAGUGUACAUUCUGCACCAAAAGGUUCUCUUAUUCUUAUAGUUUGACAGUUCACAUGCGUACUCACACCAAAUAGAAACCAUUCCAGUGUACAUUCAGCACCAAAAGGUUCUCUUAUUCUUAUAGUUUGACAGUUCACAUGCGUACUCACACCAAAGAGAAACCAUUCCAGUGUACAUUCUGCACCAAAAGGUUCUCUUAUUCUUAUAGUUUGACAGUUCACAUGCGUACUCACACCAAAGAGAACCCAUUCCAGUGUACAGUCUGUACAAAAAGGUCGUUCUAGCCAUUUGACUGUUCAUAUGAGCACUCACACCUAAGAAAAGCCAUUAUUCAGUAAACAGUAUGUAAAAAAGUUCUCUCUGUGUGGAAAAAUAAAUCUGCAUAGUAUGCGUUGUCACACAUUAGCUUAGAAUGAGUUUCUUCUCUAUUGGUGUGUUGUCUGUGUAAUAUUUAUGUAUGUAUUUAUUUAUUAGUUGAUACAAUUACAAAUCAUAUGAAUAUGAUCGGGAUAGAACAACAGGCAUAGCCCAAAAUUAUUCUGUUCCCAAAUUUCGAUUAAUAAUAACUUGUCCGAAAAAUUGGUUAUGUUCUUACUGUGGAAAGUCAAAGUUCGAUUUUUGUCCAAAAAUAUAUAUGAGCUAGAAAUUUUGAAUUUAGAAUGAUUAAAACACCAACCUAUGAUCAAAUAUUACACUUAAUAUCACCGCACUUUGAAUAAAUUAAGUUAUUUCAGAAUAUUUUAAAGCCAAAAAUACACACGGCUAUUCAAAUAUCUUUCCAAUAUAGUUCUUAUUGAAGAAAAAUUAAUUAUUUCGAGGAUUUGCAUUGCAAAAUUAGUUGACUGGAUAAUUCAUCCACAAUAGUUGUGAAUUAAUAUUCUUCAAAUAUCACUAUGAUCCGUAUAAAAUAAGUUAUGACUUGAAGGAAAUAUCUAUGUUGCCAAAUUGUGCACAAUUUCAAUCUCUUCAUGCAAACCCAAAUGAUGAGAUCUAUUUUAUUCGACAACACAGUCCAUGCUGAGUAUGCUGAAUAUAUCCAGUCAUAUUGGCUUGCAUGAAAAGAUUGAAAUUUCACACAAUUUGGCAACAUGGAUAUUUUCUCGAAGUCUCAACCUAUUCUAUACAAACUAUAACUAUUCACUUAUUUAUCAUGUUAUAUUGUACUUAGCUACAUAAUUGUGUAUUCAUAUACAGUAUACAUUCAUAGACAUUGUAGAAUAAUUUUACAAUGGAAGGUUAUGUAUCUAUGAAUGCACUUAGCUUGGAGCCGCCUUAUGUAUCUAUGAAUAUUGUGGAAUAAAUAAGGCGGCUCCGACUUUUGAGGAUUAAGCAACAAUCAAUAUAAAUAAAUAAACAUGUGACAUUAGUGCAAUAUUUUCACAUUUAGAUCGUUCACCAGAUCGUUCUUCAACAAUGUAGAAAUAUACUUAAUUUACAAAAUACUUUAUCUCAAUAUUAUGUAAAUUUAUUAUUGAAUCGAGAAGUAGAUAAGGCUAUAAUGGCAGUAUUUGAUUAACAUUGGUUUUGCUAUCCUUGUCUAUCAUUAAAAAAAGCCGUUAGCGUUAUAAUUUUCUACCUCUGCAACAUUGCCAGAAAGUUCUUUAAGAAUGUAGAAAUAUAUUUAAUUUACAAAAUACUUGAUCUCAAAAUUAUGAAAAUUUGUUAUUAAAUCGACAAAUAGAGAAGGUUUUGAAAUGUGUUAGUAAUAUUCCUUGUAGAUAAUCCCUUAUAUGGAGAGAAACUUAUAUUCAAGAGUUUUGAAAUUAAGAAAAAAUAAUUUACCUAUUUUAGUAAAUGGAUGUCAAUUAGAGUCUAAUAUUUGUGGAUGUUUAUUGUUGUGUUGUAUAAACUUGUGCUGUAUUGUGUUUACUGGCCUGGUUAUGUCAAAUUGUGAUGUUCUAUUGAGUCAUUAGCCUCAAUAUAUUUUAUAAAAGAUAUUUUAUUCAUAUCUUCGUGUUCUCAUCAUGAUGAAUAAUUUGUCACCUGUGUAUUAUAAAAUAUGUGUAAUAAUAAAGUAAUACCAUUUAUAUUGAAUUUGAAUAAUUUGUGUUGAAAUUAAUCUAUUAUUUCCCUGCAAAGGAACCUAUGAACUCUUAUAAGUUGCUUUUUAGAGCUACUUAUUAAUCUAUGUGCAAACCUUGUAUUGCAGCAUUGCUCUUAUGGAGUACAGUGUUGCCAGAUUUUACAAAAUCCAGAGUGCUAAUUGUGUUGGAGAAACAGCGAAAAAGAGAGCAUAGACAUUUUUGAUAGAAUCGGCAACAGUGUGCUCCUAUUUGUUAUAUUGAAAUAAUAUUCUUGGCCAUAAAGCCCCCAUAAACUAAGGUUUGCUCCGACUAUAGCUCUGACUACAGCAUCAUUGGUCAUAAAGAGCAGCGCUUUCGAAUUCACGAAUGACGCAUCACGUCUGAACUACUGGACUGAUUCACUUAAAAUCUUGCAUAUAAAUUCUUUAUUUACCAUGGAUGGUUAUAGGUCUAUUUUCAAUUCUUCAAGAUUUCAUUACAUGUCAAGUUUUCAAUUUGACCCUUGCGGAACACGGGUUAGCUGCUCACCAAAAUAAAAACGUAUUAUGUCUUAUAUCACAGUUUAUCUGUUACUAUCAAAUAAAUAGAUGCACUUGUCUUUUUUUCUUUAGGGCUACUUAUAUAAUGGCGUUAUAUAGCCGAAACUUGUUAUGAUUAAAUAGUUUUAAAAAGUGUACUUAGAUUUAGUAUAUGUUUAUUUACA